AUGGUUCUCAAACUCUAUGGAUCCGCGAUGUCCACGGCCCGCGUCCUGGUCGUGAUUCUGGAGAAACAAUUGCCAUAUGAGCACAUCCUCGUAGAUAUUGCAAAAGGAGAACAGAAAACUGAAGAAUACAAAAAGUUGCAGCCUUUUGGGAAAGUACCUGUGUUGGAGGAUGAUGGGUUUGUCAUGUUUGAGAGUAGAGCUAUCUGCAAAUAUCUUGCGAGGCAAUUAAUCCCCGACGAGAGCGACCAUAGGGCAUACGGCCUCUUUGAACAGGCUUGUUCUAUGGAGCAAAGUUAUUUUGCAGCCGCUGCUGAAACGUUAGGGACUGAACUCGUCAUCAAAAAAGUCAAGGGACUUGGGCCUCCAGACGAAGCCAGAGUCGCGCAAGCUGAAGCUGAUCUUGAUACGGCAUUAGCCAUAUAUGACAAGAUUCUUGCCAGGCAGGAGUUUCUCGCGGGUAAUGAGCUGACAUUGGCUGAUUUGUUUCACUUGCCCAAUGCCUCUGCUCUAUGGGCAUUUGGGUAUCAGGACACAUUUAAAAAGUAUGCGAAUGUCGUCAAGUGGUUCGAAAGCUUACAGAGAAGAGAGACUUGGGUCAAAGCAACUGCAUUGGCUGGAUAG